CGACCACGUAAAUACGAGCGACUUGUCUAAGAAUUCGCCUUUUAAAAGUGCUGCUGCUGUUAACGCGGAAUCAACAGAUCAACAGGCAUAAGUUCAAAUGCAUUCGAAGUCACUUCUGGCGUUUCUUCUGAUCACCAUGAUUAUUUUGGAUCACGUGAACUUCGUCAAACCUGGGUGGUCCUGGCGACGUCGUCGUCGUCGUCACUGUCCCCCUGUGCCUCGUCUGGCCGGGGCGGGCUGGGCCAACUACUUCGACGGAGUUGUGAAUUUUGAAUGCCCGAGAGGUAAAUCUAUCAGCAAGAUACAAUCCGUGUACAGUUGUCCCCACAAGGACCGAGCUUGGACGUACAAGUGUAAGCGCAACCCCGCAUUGAAAAUGCAUUGUGAUUGGUUCUCGGCCAAUGAAUGGGACGGCGCCAUGAGCUUCCAGUGUCCUUAUAACGGUUUUAUUGCUGGGGUAUAUAGUCGCCAUAGCAACCGCGCCGAGGACAGGCUCUUCAAGUUCAAAUGCUGCCUCGGCCGCCGACACCGUGUGUACAUCUGCCAUACCUCGGCCUAUGUCAAUAACCACCGCAGCUUCAUGAACUUCAAAGUGCCGAAUGGGUACUAUUUACGGGGGGCCAUCAGCCAUCACAGCAAUGCCCAAGAGGACCGCAUGUGGAGGUUCGUUUACUGCAAGAUACACCGUCGAUGAAGCUGAGCAGUACUCACAAAUGCACCUUUCUAAGGCGACCAUUACUGUUAACAAUUAUCUCCCAUAUUUCAUUAUCUGUAAUUUAGCCCUUGUCUAAUGUGACAACCCCUUAGAAUAUAACCAACGUAAAAAUAUCGAACGUGCUUGCUGUGUGGUUGCUAAGGAGAGCGUUGACUGGAAUAAAUAGCCGGGUUAUGUUGUCAUUUAAUGUAAACAAAUAUUAAUAAAUAGCCGGGUUAUGUUCCCAUUUAAUGUAAACAAAUAUUAAUAAAUAGCCGGGUUAUGUUGUCAAUUGAUUUAAUGUAAACAAAUAUUAAUAAAUAGCCGGGUUAUGUUGUCAAUUGAUUUAAUGUAAACAAAUAUUAAUAAAUAGCCGGUUAUGUUGUCAUUUAAUGUAAACAAAUAUUAAUAAAGAUCCAGUCAAAGCGAA